UUCUCUUUGACACUGUCAUGAUCAUGUCAGAACAUACAGAUGUUUUUAUAUAUUUUAUUUAUUUACUUAACGUUAUGCUUAUGUGAGAAGAAGAUAACUUCAAAGGUGUAUUUAGAGCGUGUGAACCCGAUUUCUGUGGGCCUUCAGUUCGCUUUGGAAGUAGGGAGUUCCGAAGACUUGCUUGUAGAAGUAACUCCUAAUGCGUGCUGCCUGGUGUUGGAUGAUGGAGUGGACUGUGACGUCAUGAGGGUUGUUGGCGGAUGCUAUCACGUCAUCCCGAAAGGCACCAAAAAGACAAUGAAACUGAUAGCUCCGCUCAUCGAUCCCUAUGAAAGAAAUGGUCACUGCUCCUUCUAUCUCGACUCACGCCCUACAGACAGAUCCAGAGCGAAUACGCGUGACGUUAUCAAAAUAAACUUUGACACGCGGCUGACUAACAAAAAGCAGACAAUGCUUAUACCUAACGAUGUCAAGCCAUGCCAAGGAUUCGACGAAGACCCUUUUAACGACUGCAGCCCAGUCAACUGUGACUCUUAUUAUAACGGUCAAAAGUCGUAUUUUGAUAAACGCAGGAAACGGUGUACUACUGUACCCAGUUGUGUAACCGAUUCUGAUGGAGAUAUGAUAGUUUACAACCCAGAGACGAAUAAAUGUGUCAAAGAAGAAACUAUAUCGAAAGACGACAUUGAAUUUAUUAAGUCUUUAAGAGAGAACGAAAGAAGGGCUAAAGAUGUAUUGAUCAUCAAAAAUAGUCGACCAACAACAGAAGUAUAUAACGUUACGGCUUACGACAGCAGUUUCUACCCAGAAACUAAGAAACUGCAUGUAACACCAGCUGAGAAAGCGAUGGCUAAAUGUAAGAAGUUGACAAAAGAGAAUUUAAUGAAAUACUUAAUGAAUAACAAGUACACCUUGAUAGUGUUAUGCCUAAUUGUCUUAAUGCAAUGUGGUCUAAUCUGCAUGAUGGUAUAUUGUCUCACAAAAUGUGGUUGCUGCAGCAAUAAGAAGGUUGUAAGUACUUAUUUUAAUUACAGACAAGAUGCUUCUGUUACUACGCCUCUGAUUUACACCAGUAAUAUAGAUACGGAGACCACGGAAGCUAAUUUCACAAGUGACUCUUCGAAUAUAGAUAAAAGAAUUAAAUGUUACAAAGCAUGUCAAAAAGAUCACGCAAAAUACAGUCUUUCUGAUGAUAUUCUUACUAAAUGUUUAAACCGACGCAAGUGGGACAGAGUACCUAAAUCUGAUACGAUUCCAGAAUAUAAUGAAACUAAAAUAGGUGAAUACGGUAAAGUUAAUUUCGAAGAUGAGAUCAGAGGGACCAAAGUUAGAGAUACAACGAUCAGGGAGGCGGUUGUAAGAGAAACGAAACUCAGAGAUAAGGAUGCGAAAGUCAGAGAUAACACACACGAAGUUCAAUGCGAUUUAUCAGAGAAGGAGAUCAAAUGCCAUACAUACAACUUCCGAAGUACUGGAAAAACUAAUGUCUUUGACCAGAAAAAAGACGCAUCAAAUUCUACAGAAAAAGGAGCGCAGGCGCAAUUUUCCAAUGACUCAAUUGAUGACUUUUUAUCAGAGAGAGGGGUAAUCUUCUUAGCAGAUGAAAACACCUUUGAAUCCUCAUCGGUUACUAAGUCUUCCAUAUCUAGUAAAACCUCAAAGAACAAUGUUUUGAAGAAUGUAAUAUCCUUAUUAUCGAGGAGAUCCAGACCCUGUUCGAUUCCCAGGAGACAGAGGUCAAAAGAAGGUCUAGAUUUGGAACUGAUCCAUAUGUCGUGUGCUUCGGAAUUCACAUCUAGCAAUGGUUCUAAAGACAUGAAGAAGAAGGAUUCCAGAACUUCGCUGUAAUAUUUUAGACGUAGUUUUUAUUUUAAUAAAGUUU